CCGCCCUGCAUCCCCAGCAUCCCUGCGCUGCUGCGCAGCUCCUCCUCAGACUGACCGACUCACCGAGGCGGACUGAGCGGACCGACGCUGCUCCGACAGCGGACACAUGAAGGCUUCCUCCCCCGGAUUAGAGGCGCGUUUUCGGUGAUUUCUCCCCGCUGGUUUCCGUCCUUUAUGGAUGUGAAGUAAGAGCGGGCGGCAGCGAGUCGGUUCCCCCUCCAUCACUGCGCUCUUCUCGGCCAGGACCCCCAACCUGUUCUGAACCACAAAAUGGCGGACAUCAUGGAGCUGGGACCCGCCUACGCCAUGUCUCCGGUGCUGGCGGGCUUCCUUGGCGCCGGUGUUCUGGUUUUGGUCGUGGUGGUUCUGGUUCUGCUCUGGUCGUUCUGUCAGCGUCGGUACCUCCGGGUCACCGGACGCUACAAGCUGCACGGCGACCGGUACUGCGACGCAGAGGACCCGCCCUAUAAGUUCAUCCACAUGCUGAAGGGGAUCAGCAUUUACCCAGAAUCCCUCAGCGGCAGCAAGAGGAUCGUCCGAGGAAUCCGCCGCGCCGAGCGAUCGGACCGCGACCCGGCCGGCGGCGCCACGGCCCGGGGCAUGGUUCUGGUGGAUGCAGAGAACAACAUUCUGGACGUCCCGGGCCAGCUGCAGAUGAGCCACCUGGUCCCGCCGUCCGGCUCAGGCCCCGCCCACAGCCAGGCCCGGCUGGAGCGGGCGCUACCGGUCCGCGCCGAUUACUGCUGCCUGGACAGCAGCUCGGCCAGCAGCAGCCAGACCAGCAGCAAGACGGCGUCCCCUUUCACCCCCGCCUCCUCGGAGCCAGAACCAGAACCCAACCUGGGCUCCCUCAGCCUCACCGUCGACUACAACUUCCCCAAGAAGGCCCUGGUGGUGACCAUCGUCGGGGCCCGGGGCCUGCCCGCCAUAGACGAGCAGGCGGGGAGCUCGGACCCCUACGUGAAGAUGACCAUCUUGCCUGAGAAGAAGCACCGCGUCAAGACCCGCGUGCUGAGGAAGACCCUGGACCCCAUCUUCGACGAGACCUUCACCUUCUACGGCGUCGCCUACAGCUCGCUGCCCGAGCUCACGCUGCACUUCCUGGUGCUCAGCUUUGACCGCUUCGCCCGCGACGAUGUCAUCGGCGAGGCCGUGGUGCCGCUGAAGGGCGUGGACCCAAGCACGGGCCGGGUCCACCUGAGCCAGCAGAUCACCAAGAGGAACAUGCAGUGUGAGAGUCGUGGCGAGCUGCUGGCGUCGCUCUCCUACCAGCCGGUGUCCCAUCGCCUCAGCGUGGUCGUCCUGAAGGCGCGGCACCUCCCCAAGAUGGACAUGACGGGCCUGUCAGCCAACCCGUACGUGAAGGUGAACGUCUUCUACGGCCGUAAACGCAUCGCCAAGAAGAAGACCCACGUGAAGAAGUGCACGCUGAACCCGGUCUUCAACGAGUCCUUCAUCUACGACAUCCCGCCGGAGCUCCUGCCCGAGAUCUCUGUGGAGUUCCUGGUGGUGGACUUCGACCGGACCACCAAGAACGAGGUGCUGGGCCGCCUGCUGCUCGGCCUCCACAGCCCGUCGCCCUCCGGCGCCUCCCACUGGAGGGAGGUGUGUGAAAACCCGCGCCGGCAGAUCUCCAAAUGGCACAACCUGAGCGAGUACUGAAGGAGGAGGAGCAGCAGAAAGCAGCAGCCGGGACUCCGCCAGUAAAACCCCGCUGGGACUCAGUGUACAGCUCACACACACACACACACACACACACACACACACACACACACACUGCUGUGAUGAUAGUUAAACUCUCCGUCUCUAUUAUCUCUCCGCCACCUCGACGUUUGCAAGUUUAAGAGAAUUCCUGCAGUUUUAUUUGAGCCAGAAAAGAAAAGGAGCGUCGGGUUUUUCCGGCGCCGUCCUCUGGCUGUCUCUGUGUGGACGGGGAGGAAUGCUCCGGCGUCGUUUUAAAAGAAGAAGAAGAAGAAACCGCUCCCCCUUCUUGCUGUUGUUGUCAUGCAGUUCAUCGCAUGUCUGUGUGAAAAGAAAAACAAAAGAAACUCUGAAUGACGAGUUGAGAGCUGCUGACAUCGGCGAGAGGAAGAACCUUCAGCUCCGACAGACGAAGAGGUCCGAACGAUCGGUAAUAAUGCAUCUAACGUAUAAUCGCUCCUCAUUAGGACCAAGUAAGAACCUGCUACAAAGAUCCUCUAAUGCUCCGACGCUCCACCUCGCAGAGAACCCUACUCAGUUUUGGUUAGCAUGCUUCCUGCCUGCAACGGUCCGACUUCUGUCCUUCUCCAGAACAUUUCCAGGACCCUGAAGGACUCCAGGUCUCGGCCCGGCCUUCACUCGGACCCUUAAUGUUAAAAGCAGUUAAUAUCUCCUCCUCUGUGGGCCCACAGAGGCUGAAGCUUGGUGUAAAAUACUUGUUUUGGUGCAGAACGUGUUUGUGAAGACUCUGGAGCGGACGCUGAGCAGAGAGAGCAAAGACCAAAGCUUUUAUCUCCUGCAGCUGCUUCUACUGAACACACCAAACCAUCCAGGCCACAUUAUUUCCACCUUUAAAUCACAUCCACUCAGUUCUGUUGUUAGAUUGGACUCAGUUUUGGGUUAAAACAGUGAAACUGGGCCUGGUUUGCUUUUACAGGGUUCCUUUACGUGUUCCUCGUUUUUUUAGAGUCACAAUUUCCAGGUUCCUUUUCUCCUCCAUAAAGUCUGUUUAAUAAAACUUCAGUGUCACAUAAA